AGGGACAUUGUUUUGAAGAUGCUUCCAGUGAAAAGGGAGAAACCCCUCUGUCUGUGAUUCCGGGAAGCAAUAAGCACCUACAUGAAAAUAACCCCAUCCUUAAUCCCCUGCCUAUCCGUUUUGAUCUGAUGGCUUCAGUGCAGGCAGGAAGAUCACUGCGCGACAGAAAACGAAGGCAAGUUAACAAGAUGUGACCGGUCCCAUGGAUAAAACAAUAGAGAAAAACCUCCUCCGUUUUGUCUAGAAGUCUGGUGCCAUUCUUAUGUCCAGGUAGCAAUGUGGGUCAUACUGGGCUUAGUUUGCUGCCUAGUAUUUGGGGGGCUACCGUUGACUCUCUGCUCCUGCCCUUCUCAGUGUACCUGCUCUUUCCACAGUAUAAGUGAAGGAACAAAAGCAAGAGCCGUGCUAUGCAAUGAUCCUGAGAUGACACUCACACCUGUGAACUUCCCAGUGGACACAUUUAAAGUCAGAAUAGAAAAGACAGCCAUCCGGAGGGUUCCAGGGGAGUCUUUCCAUUCCCUCCAUAACUUGGAAUUCCUUUGGAUGCCCUAUAACUCCUUGGCAAGCCUCAGUGUGACUAACUUUAGAGGACUCCGCCGGCUGCAAGAGUUAAGACUGGAUGGAAAUGCUUUGACCUCCUUCCCUUGGGACGCCCUACUAAGUAUGCCCCAGUUAAGGCUCUUGGACCUGCACAACAAUGAACUUGCCUCCAUACCAGCCGAUGCUGCCCAAUAUGUCCGGAACAUCACUUACUUGGAUGUCUCAAGCAAUAAACUGGUGACACUCCCUCAGGAACUUAUUGCAAUCUGGUCGAACCUCCAAGCAGUUCCAUACUUCCCCAAUGACAACUCUAAGAUCAUCUUAGGUUUACAGGACAAUCCUUGGACAUGUGACUGCAGCCUCUAUGAAAUGGUCCACUUUCUCAAUUUUCAGUCCCCCAACAUAGCAUUUGUUGAACCAAGACUGAAGUGCUUUGCACCCAGGAGUCUGGCAGGAAUUUUCUUCACCCAAGUCGAACUGAGAAAGUGCCAGAGCCCUGUUGUGCAUACGUCUGUCGCCAAAGUGAAGACCAUCCUUGGAAGCACAGUCCUGUUGCGAUGUGGGACCACAGGGGUGCCUAUUCCUGAGCUGAGCUGGAGGAGGGCUGAUGGAAACCCCCUCAAUGGAACAGUUCACCAAGAAAUUUCCAGUGAUGGAAUGAGCUGGUCUAUUUUAGGCUUGCCUGUGGUGUCUUACCUCGAUUCUGGAGAAUAUAUAUGCAAAGCCAAAAAUUUCCUUGGAGCAACAGAAGCUUUCAUCUCCCUCAUAAUCACUGAGAAUGAAAGCACAGAUGUCCCCAGUGCAAAUUCUAAAGGAACCUGGAAUGGAAAGGUGGGUGGGAUGGAAGCAGCAGCUUACAAUGACAAUUUAGUUGCAAGAUAUGUUAUCACAACUUCAACUUCUCCAACCUUGGGUGCCAGGUCAAUUCGGGCCAACACAGAAGGGAACCCAGUACUUCAAGAUGAGGCACCUAAUAUGAUCAACAAUCCAAGGAAUCUCAUAGCAAGUCCACCCCCUGCCCAACAGGAGCCUGAACGCAUAGUCAGGUCAGUCAGAGUGAUAGGAGAUACAGAUCGUAGUGUCACAUUAGCGUGGAAAGCUCCUCAGGCCAAGAAUACAACUAUCUUCAGUGUCCUGUAUGCUAUCUUUGGAGAAAGAGAUAUGCGUCGAAUCAAUGUGGAUCCUGGUAAGACCAAGAUAACAAUUAAUGAUUUGAUGCCGAAAACCAAAUAUAUAGUGUGUGUCUGCGUAAAAGGAUUGAUUCCAAGGAAGGAGCAGUGCAUCAUCUUUUCCACAGAUGAAGUGGCCAGUGCUGGUGGAACCCAAAAACUUAUCAACGUGGUAGUCAUCAGUGUGGCUUGUGUCAUCGCUGUCCCACUGACAUUAGUGGUCUGUUGUGGGGCCCUGAAAAGGCGUUGCAAAAAAUGUUUCACACGGAAACCCAAAGAAAUCCAAGACUCUUAUGUCACCUUUGAAAGCCUCUCUCCAGGGGCCAAAGUGAAAGGAACAGAAGGGGAGUAUUUAACAAGACACACGCCAGAUGAAUCCAAUAGAUUGCUGUCAGCCAGGUCCAGUGUGGACUCAGAAGCAAUACCAAAAGCAGAAGGACAGCCAAAUGAAUACUUUUGCUGAUGCUAAAUCAGUAAUCUGGCCAACCUAACAUAUAGAUUGCAUUUAGCAAUUCACACAUUGCAUGAUAUCUGAGCCUUUCAUGUCACAACUAUUAUCUCUCAUAUGUUGGAAAAAAACCCAGUGUGAAUCUUGACUGAGACUUUUUUUUCACAUUCUUGGAUUCAAUGAUGAAAAAGCUAUAUGAAAAUUCAGUGGAAUUUUCCCCCUCCACCAUCAACAUGUAAAAAAUUCAUCUAUGACUGAAAGAUACAAUUUUUAACAUUUUGUGUAAUGUGUGAAAUCUCUCAAUGUGGAAGCAUGAGGUUGUAGGGCAGGAAGAUAGAGGGAAAAGUCAUGGAUCUGUUCAGUUAUGGUUUACAGGGAACUAAAUGCUAGAGAGGGUAGAAGCUGUGUAAGUGUAUUCCAGGUGGAUGGACUCAGUCAAGAGGUUGCUGACUGUGUAAGACUUGAGUUGGGCUGUUGGGGACUUAGAGGUCACUCAUUCUGAGGGCAGCUAACAAAAAAUAAGACUUUUUGCUUCCUUAAGUGAAGAGCAAGAUAGUGGCAUCCUCCUCCAAUGCCGCAGUCAACAGAUGAUUGGGCUGCCAAUUGAAUAUUUAUUUAUUUAUUUAUUUGACUUGUAUACCGCCACUCCCAAUUUGGCUCGGAGCGGUUUACAGCAGUAGAUUAAAACAAUGCAACCAACUUUAAAAUACAAUAAAACCGAGAACUGACAUAGUCCCGAGUUAUUCACCCACUGAAAGCUUGUCGGAAAAGAAAGGUUUUACAGGCUUUCCGAAAAGCAAGUAGCUCUCAGAUGGUUCGGGUUUCAACUGGCAAGGCAUUCCAUAAAUAAGGGACCACAAUCGAGAAGGCUCUCUGCCUAGUAGAGGACAGAUGAUAAAUCCGGAUGUUGGCCCUCGGCAAAUUUUGGUCCUCGGACCAAAGUAAUCUCUGGGGUUGGUAGGGGGAUAAGCGGGCCCUCAGGUACGCCGGCCCCAGACCAUAUAAGGCCUUAAAGGUUAGUACCAGCACCUUGAAAGUAAUUCGGUACUCAAUCGGAAGCCAGUGCAGCUGUUGUAGAAUUGGGGUGAUACGACACCUCGCUGGCACCCCGGCGAGAUGAGCCGCCGCAUUUUGCACCAGCUUCAGUUUCCGGAUCACUGACAAAGGAAGGCCAAUGUAAAAGGCGUUACACUAGUCAAGCCUCAAGAUGACCGUCGCCUGGAUCACCGUAGCCAGGUCGUUCCUAGAUAGGAUGGGAGCCAGUUGCCUAGCCUGAUGUAGGUGGAAAAACAGGUGGAAUACUGCUAGAAUUGCACCCUCCGUCACACUUGAGAGCACCAGGCAAGUUUAGUGGAAUAGAAUAGCUUAUGUGGCAAACACAAACAAAUAUGUAUCCCAAAAGAAUGAAAGAUCGUCAGUUGAUCAGGGAGAACCAGCAAAACUCCUCCUCUUGCUGCUCCCUACCAACUGUUGCCUAUGGUGGCUGCCUCGUCUUGCUUCAAGGUCAGGUCAGUCAAAUAGUACAGGUAUGGAUACAUCCAUCUCUACAGUCACUUAUCCAUCCAGAUGAGCAUGGAGAAAUAUGGGUAUUUGUGAAGCAUCUUCUAGGCUAGAACAGAAAAAUUAAAGGAUUCUGAUAAUACUGUAUACAAAAGGUGCAAGUUGUGUGGCCUUCCAGAUCUUGUUGGACUGCACCUUCCAGUAGCUCUAGCCAAAAAAGCCAAUAGUGAAAAAUGCUGGGAGAUGCAGUUCAACAAUAUCAGAGUGAGAAUAUGAUUCCUACUUAUGACAAACUUUGGUUUCUUAAACAAGUCUUCACCCCAUAUCUUGAAAGCAGGGGGAAGGAAACGCUGUUGGUAGUCAGAGUGUCCCAUAUUGUCAUUCAUACACCCUGAACAAAUGCGUCUGUUCAGUGAAUAUAUGUACAUAUAUCUCAUAUUUUCAAAAGCACAUUAUAGCAAUCUUCUUGUCAAUUCCCUGUUUUGAAAUUCAUUGCAUAAUGUAAAAUGAAGUGUGAUAAACUCCUGUUAGAAUGAUGCAAAGAGAAAUGACUUUUGAUAAUAAUAAAGUGAAUGAAAUUAC